AUGUGCGCCGAGAUGAAUCAAGAGGCGAACAAGGAGCGCGCAACCUCCGGGCACUCGGACUGGUACCAGCAGUUUUACGUCCACGAAUGCGAUGCUGAGUGUUUUUUCAGCAGCAUCUGCCAUUUGCUGUUCUACAUGUCGGCUUUAAUAGUUGGUCUACAAUGGUUCUGCGAGCGCCUGCGCUACUCCUCGCCGGCCACGGUCAAGACCAUAACCCAGGACAUCCAGGAGUGUUUGCUCAUGCUGGGCCGCAUGCUUACGAGCAACGAGUACGUGUCAAUCGCCGUCGCUCGUUGCCGUGCUGAGCUGUUGCGCUACAGCCACGUAAUCUCGCGUUUCGCUCCGCAGCUGGAACCCCUCCGUGAACUCGUUGCGGCGUACAACAAGAACGAGAAUUGGCAACUGCUCGUGGCUCUCAUAACUCUGGCCGUCGCGUACUCGGUGUGCCUCUGGUUCUUGAGGGCCGUCACGGACUAUUUGAGGGAACGCAAGAUGCUCUACUUCUGCGUCAACAUGCAGCCUGCGGGAGCCGCCAACCGCGGGCUCUACACCAGGCUCAUGGUCGAGAAACUCAAGAACACACCUGAGUUUCGCAGGCUCAAGCAGCAGCGUAUGCACCAGGGCCCGGAGGCGUGGAACUGGCAGACGAGGCAGCGCAUGGGGGAGCCGAUGCCCUCCGACGAUAUGUCCGACGUGGAGUUUUGA